CUGCGGAUGGUUUUUCAAAGUAGCCUCUUCGGAUUUCCUGAUUUUGGAAUCAUAUGAGCCCCAUCCCCUCGCCGCCCUCCCCCGCCUGGCUUUGCAGCUAGGGCGCAGGGCGGCAGCUCCAGUUCUCUUUCGCUGGUGCCUUUCGGCAGCAGCCGGGGGCUUUCAGGGCCUUUGAACUCGAUAGGCCUUUUCGCCAACAGCUGGAACGGCGGGAACUGAGCCCGCUUGCUACAGAACGGAAUGUGCAGUGGGGGCUAGAAAGCCCACUGGACUGAGACUAAGCCUUGACAGGCAGCAGCCUGCAGUCGGCAAGCUGGAAUCAAAGGCUCGGCCGGGGAUCCCUCCUCUCCCGCAAGAAGAGAGGGGCAACUUGCGAGAUCCAAAUGUCGGGUGCUUGAGACAACUGCCUGAAUUCAUCAGGAUGCACAGAACCACCAGGAUAAAAAUCACAGAGCUGAACCCCCACUUAAUGUGUGCCUUAUGUGGAGGCUACUUUAUAGAUGCCACAACUAUUGUGGAAUGCUUACAUUCAUUUUGUAAAACCUGCAUUGUCCGCUACCUGGAAACCAACAAAUAUUGCCCAAUGUGUGAUGUUCAAGUUCAUAAAACAAGGCCUCUUCUCAGUAUCAGAUCAGAUAAAACUCUGCAGGAUAUAGUAUAUAAACUGGUGCCAGGACUCUUCAAAGAUGAAAUGAAGAGACGACGUGAUUUUUAUGCAGCAUAUCCUCUGGCAGAUGUUCCCAAUGGAUCCAAUGAAGACAGGGGUGAAGUUUCAGAACAGGAUAAAGGGAAUCUCACAGAUGAUGAAACUGUCAGCUUAUCCAUAGAAUUCUAUGAAGGAAUCAGAGAUGAAAAUAAAGGGACUGUUGAAAAUGGAAACAUAGAAAAAGAUAAGAAGAACAGCAUGAGAUUCCUCCGAUGUCCUGCUGCUAUGACUAUCAUGCACCUGGCUAAGUUCCUCCGGAACAAGAUGGAUGUUCCCACCAAAUACAAAGUGGAGGUUCUCUAUGAAGAUGAACCUCUAAAAGAAUAUUAUACUCUCAUGGACAUAACUUAUAUCUAUCCUUGGCGAAGGAAUGGCCCUCUCCCAUUGAAAUAUCGUGUCCAACCAGCCUGCAAGAGAUUAAAACUGUCUUCUCAGCCUCCCAACUCAGAGUGUACCAACACCAGUGGGGCUUCAGAGUGUGAAUCUGUCAGUGACAAAGCUCAUAGCCCAGCCACCCUGCCAGCCACCUCCUCCUCAUUGCCAAGUCCUGUCACACCUUCCCAUGGCUCCCCAAGCUCCAAUACCACCACUGUAAGCAUUCCAAUCAACCCUGCAUCUGGUGCCAUGCUAAAUGGCACCUCGAACUGCCACCAGAUGCAACCUUUGGCCAGUAGGGGGCGCAAAACAAUGGUCAAUGGUAGUCCAGUCAUGUCAGCCUUGACUUAAAAGGAGCAUUAUUUUUAUUGGAUCCUGAGUUUUAUAUAUAUUAUGUAUAAAUAAGGGCAGUGGUGGAUGGGAUGUGGAAAUUAUACAUACUUAUUUUCUAUGAACUGAUCUGAUUUAAUUUAAGAAAAAUGCAAAAAGUAAGAAAAAAAAUCCAAAUCCACAUUUUUUAAUUUUUGAAAAGCAAAAUUGUGUUCUUGUAACUGCAUGGUGGUGGUAUUUGUAUAAAAACUGCAGCUCUUUCUGGAUGAUAAUGAUUUUUUUAUUAUUAUUAUUUAUGUCCUUGAUUUGUAGUGAGAUUUGAUGCACAGCCUAGAGAGAAAAAUGCACAGACCCAAAUCAACCAGGCUCUUAUUGAAGCACAUAUGGCUUUCCUGGCUCGUUUUGUCAGAUGACUGUAGCUUACAUCCUCCCCCACCCACCCCCAUUCCAUUUUAAGCAUCUCCAUUUCAAUUAUAUAGCUUUUAGUCCUUUAUAUUUACCCCUCUCUCUUAAGGAUCUUCGUUCCAACACUUGUCAAACCAAGCUGCUGUUAAACAGGGGGUAGUAAUAGACAUUUUUGUGCAUGGAAAAGGGCAACAGUGGGUAAUUCUUCAUGAUGUUAUGAGUGCUAACCAUCGUAGCUAUGUACAGUAUCCAGAACAAUAACAUGCCUGGGGAAAAAGAGUUAACAGUGCCUUUGACUGGCAUAACAUCACUGCCCUUUGGGUGGAGCAGUUUACAUCAUUAACCACAGACCUUGGCCCCUUGUGCUAUAAAGCUUAGUUGUUGGAAAAAUACAUCUUGAAGCUUCACCUUUUAUUUAUAUGCCCUUUCUUACACAUGUUCAUGAUGUCUCUGUUUUCAGACAAUAUCUUUGCUCUGGUUUUAAAUCUCUUCAGUCAUAUAUUUCCCUACCAAAGAUUGUGGGGAUAGUUUGUACACUAGCAGUUCUUUAUCAGAGAUCUCUUGGUUGUUUGCAGACAUUGGUUCCCAGGACCUGGCCAGAAAUGGGCUAGGGACCCCUUCAGCUACUUGCAUGUGAUUUUCCUAAGCAGAUUUGGAUGACUAAUGUAGUAGGCAGAUGAUUCAUCUAUACAACUCUUUGACCCUUUUAGAAAAGCAGCUUUACAAUCCUUAUAAUUUUUGCUCUAAGAACUAUAAUGCUUGAUAGUUUGUAAUGUGGUAGAAUUACAGUAUUAAUUUCCACAAUUUGAACUCAUGAAAUUCCUGCUGCAAUUCUCAGCGUUCAGUUUAUAUUAUAGAUAUUUCUCAAAUUCUGUGGUCCUGUGACUAUCUAAAAUAAUUAAUUCAUGAGAUUUUUUCCUCCUACACAAUUCAGGUAGUCCUCAACCUACAACUACAAUUGAGCCCAAAAUUUCUAUUGCUAAGCAAGACAGUUAAGUGAGUUUUGCCCCAUUUUAUGAUCUUUCUUGCUACAGUUAAGCGAAUCACUGCAGUUUUAAGUUAGUAGCAUGGCUGUUAAGUUGUUUUUAUCAGUAGCUACAUAGAGUUGCAUUCUCUUCCUGGCUUGAAGGAGGCUCCCGAUCCUGCCUGUCUUCUCAUCAGCCAUGCACUCUGCAUGAUGUAAUUUCUCCCCUCCUGUUUUCCCUAGGGAUUGAAGCUCUGCAUUCCCAGCUUUCCUACUAUUCUACCUUUUGGCAAUCCAGAAAUGUGCGACACUCCCCCCCUCCCCCCCCGCCCUCACUCUAAUCCAUUUAUAAGCCGCUUGAUAGCCACAGUUUUAGAAUCCUUGAUUCAGCAAGCAGAUUCUGUUUGGGGAAAGCCAGAAUUACCUUAUUCCAAGCACUUGGAAUGAUAAAUAUUUUUGUAGCCGUUAUAGAGACCCAUUCCGCAUCUUUUUUUAAAAAAAAAAAAUGUUUGUUUAAUCUUGUAAAUUUGGGUUAAAAAAUAAAUACAGUGCCUUUGCAAAACAAAUUUUAUUAAUGUGCUGAGGUGGUAGAAUUAUAAUUUGAAUUGCUAGUGAUGUGUGGGUGGAAUCUUUUCUUUUGCUAAUUUGUGCUUCAAGAUGGCCAAAUGGAAAUGCACAACUUCCAAGGGGAAGAGAUUUCUUCUUCCACAACUUUCAAUCCUUUUCCCUUAGAGAAAAACAUGGUACUUAGAAUUACUCCUCUCCUCUCCUCCCCCUUCCCUUCCCUUCCCAGGAGGAAGGGUUAACUAAACACAAGCACAUUUUGCAUUCUUGGAAGUUAAAUCCCAGGGAUUUUGUUUGUUUGUCCUCUAGCUGUUUCUCUGGAAAGCAGCUAUUCGCACAAGUGCAAUCCAUGUUUGGAAAUAAAUUUUCAUAGAUGACUCAGUUGAACCAGGAGUGUAGAAAACAGCUGAACAUGGGGGCAAAAAGAUGCAAUGGGCAGGAGGAAAAAAGGUGUGUUAGCAAUCUGUGGUGUGCUCCUUUCAGACCUUUCCUUAUCUACUCUAUGCUUGUGAGCCAGAUCAACUGCCAGCACAAUAAAAGGUGUUUUAAACCUACUCCUGCUCUCCAGCUACUGUCUAUUUUAAGAGUCUAGUGGACCUUGCACAACAUGAUGUUUGAAGAAUACUCUAUUUUUUCUCUUCUGCCUAUCUCUGUGUGCUCAAAGAAUAAGGAGAAAGACUCACUGCCCUAAGAAGAACCUUCCAAAUUCUCUUUUCCACCUGACCCUUCCAAAGGCAAGACCAUAACACUCCUUUGCUGUCAAGCUGAGUUUUUCCACACCUGCUCCUCUUAAUUGUCUCCCUGUUGCUUAUUCUGUCUUCCAAGUAAUGCUGAGCAGUAGCUAUCCUUGAAUUAAUUUCCUUGACUUUUUUUAAAUCUAAUGUCUAAAGAAGAGGGGGGUUGAAUUUUGUGCUUUCAGCAUCAUUUGUGAUAGUGCCAUAAUGUCAAGUGUAAGUGUAUGCAGAGGAAACAUGCUAACAAUGCCAGGCAUAAGUAAUCUGUUAUUGUGGAAGUUGCAAAUCCUGUGUGAUAUUUAGGGAAAUAAUUUUAGUGCAGGAUUACCUGCACUAUUCUAAAACGAUUCUGUCCAGUCCAGUCCCCCCCCCCCCUUUUUUUUUUUAAGAAGAACCACCUUCUGUUACCCUAAUACAACUUACUGGCAAAUUGUUUAGCAUCUCUUGCCUCUGAGUUGAUAAAUUGGAAAAGGCGCUGUCUCCCAUUGGUUUGGAUUUGGCCCUGGGGUUCCAGUUGCUGUCCUAUACAUUCAUUAAUGUUCUGUCACAUAGAGGUACUGAAGACUCAGAAGGGGUUAGGUGGUACUAUAGCCAUUUUCCUGAACCCAGUGCAUUGGAUUAUAUCACCCAUAGUGAUCCUUUCCUCUUAUUCUAUUGGCUGAGAGUAAAUUUGGUACUGCCAAUGGCAUUAGGCCAUGUUAAAAAGUUGCUGGACUUGGAAAUUGAGAAAGUUUUUCUGUCUCUUCAUUAUCUUUGUAUAUACUGAAUAAACUGAUCAAGGCAAUUAAAAAGCCUAAUGUUUUCUUCUCCUUUUUUUGUAUUUUUUUUAAAUAUGGUACAAACCAAAUUGCUAUGUAUGUUUGCAAACCUAUAGGAUGUUUUAAUGUGCUGUAAUAUAUUCUGAUAUUCAUAUAUUGUUUUUGGUUAAAACAUUUGUAUCAAUAAUGCAGUUUGUAAAUGGUAAUAAAUGAUACAAUUUUGUCCUUCA